AUGUCAAGACAAUUUCAACCUAUAAGUGAUGUUAUAAAAACAUCACCAAAACAUAAACAACAAUCAUUUAAUGAAAUAUACGGAGAACCAGAAAAUUUUUUAGAAGUAGAAGUUAAAAAUCCAAUAACUCAUGGAUAUGGAAAUAAUUUAUAUACAGAUUAUGAAAUAAUAUGUAAAACAAAUAUACCAGCAUUUAAAAAAAGGUAUAGUAAAAUAAGAAGAAGAUAUAGUGAUUUUUUAGCUUUUAAAAAAAUUUUGGAACAAGAAACUUCAAGAGUUGUUAUACCUCAAUUACCUGGGAAAAUAUUAUUAAAUAGUAAUAAAUUUAAUGAAUUAAAUAUUGAAAAAAGAAGACAAGGUUUAGAAAAAUUCUUGGUUAUUGUUAGUGGUCAUCCACUUCUACAAACUGGUAGUAAAUCUUUAAUAGAAUUUAUACAGAAUGAAAAAUGGGAUCCGAAGCAAAUGGUAUAUUAG